AUGAACCUCCUUUAUUAUUUAGGAAGCAUCUUAUUGUCAGCUAUUGUUUUUUCGUUUUUUCAAUAUUGUAGAAGAGAAGAGGAGAAACUGAGAAGAAAAAGAUUACUUUAAGAAGAAAAUAAAAGAAGGAUUGGACAAGAAAAAAUUAAAUAGGAGGAAGAGAGGAAGUAAUAAAUUGAAGAAGAAAAUAAAAGAAGGAUUGAAUAAGAGAAAAUUAAAUAGGAGGAAGAAAGGAAGAAAUAAAUUGAAGAAGAAAAUAGAAAACGGAUUGAAUAAGAAAAAAUUAGAUAGGAGGAAGAAAGGAAGAGAUAAAUUGAAGAAGAAAAUAGAAGACGGAUUGAACAAGAAAAAUAAAGAUGGCAAUAUGAUGAUGAAGCAAAAAAGAAUUUAAAGCAAUAAGAGUAAAUUAUUAAAUAACACAUAUAACCUAUAACCUAAUAAACAUCGAUAUAAAAACAAAUUAGUAAAUAACCAAUUAAACAAUAAAUAUAAACAUUAAAUUAAGAAAUCAUUAAAAUAGAUAAUAAUAACAAUGCUACUAAUAUUUAAAAAUAAUUCUAAAAACAUUAAUAUUAACAAUAAUUAUUUAAAAAAUUAAAAGAUUCAGGAGAAGUAAAAGAAAUACCUCAUGUAAAAUAGAAUAUUGAAGCUUCAAAUCCUGAAGUAGCACUUUAUGUUUUAAAAGAAUCAUUAUUAAGAGAUUAAAAUAGAGAAUUAUUAUAAACUAGUAAAUAAUAUUCAUUUGGAUUUGAUUCAAUACUAGGAGCAUAUGGUUCAGAUUAAUCUUGUUUAAAGGUUAGAAAUACAAAUCUUGAUUAUGAUACAAUUGUGAAUGACAAUCAAUUAUUAGAAAAACAUUUAUUGGAAUUUAAAUAAAAAUUAUCAAUUUCACUUAAUAUAUCAAUUGAUUAAAUUGAAAUAUUAGGAGUAUCAAAAGGAAGCUUUGAAAUUAAUUUUUAAAUUACAGGAAAAAAUAUCGAUGAGAUUUAAUAAGAGAUUAAAAAUAAUCAAAAUGCAUAGUAAUUCUUAAAUAAUUAUUGUAAUGGGAAAAUUGAAUAUUUAACCUAUUUCGAUUAAGCAAGAGCUGCUGGAGGAAAUUAGGCAAAAGAAUUAGGAGUUACUCUUUCUUCUGAUGAUUUUAAUCCUUCACAUAAUAUGAGUUGGGAUGGUUUUCAUGAGAAAGAAUAGAGAGGACCUCCUUAUCAUAGAUAUGAUUAUUAUUUUCCAAUAGGUUGUUAUGGAUUUGGGUUAAAUGUAAGAAAAUAUGGAAAUGAUGAUUGGAUAAAAAUGGAUGGCAAUCCUAAUGAAUGGAGAAUUUUGUAUCAUGGUACUAAAAAUUAUGCUGUUAAUGGAAUUGUUAAAAAUAAUUUAUAGGCUCGUUCUGGAUAAAAUUAUGCUGAUUUUGAUUGUGUAGAUGAAUCUGGAAGUAAGGUGAAGGUUGGAAAUGGAAUUUAUUUCUCAAGUGAUUUUCAUGUCUGUAUUAAUCAUGGAUAUGCUAAUUACACUUAAAUUGGUAAUAAAUAAUUUGCUGUUAUCUUUAUGUCAAGAGUAAAUCCAAAAAAAAUUCGAUAAAGCGACUAAAUGAAGUCAAUUAAAUAUUUUGUUGUUAAUGAGUCAAUAUAUGUCAGACCAUAUAGAAUUCUUUUACAUGAAAAAAAAUGA